GGUUCUGCCAGAUAAAAGGUUAAAAAACAAGUCACAUGGCAGGUUUAGCGAUGUGUCGAGGCCAUGCAGCUGUGAGACACAAGUAGGGCGCCCUAUUAGGAGAAUUGUGUGAAGGGAAGAUGGUGAAGGCGCCAGAGCAAGUGCAGACGCGCCAUGACAGCUGGAGGAGCAGCAAGGACAGAGCCCAGGGUACAACACGCGUGGGAAGGGCAGACAUGGACUGUUACUACUCCAGUCGUCUGUGGGAGGGACAUGGGGAGGAGACCAUGUGAUCCUGUGAGGCAGGAGUUGUGCGCGCAGGGUUCAUACAGACAUAGGAUGCUCCCGGCCGCUCCGUCAUGUUCAAUGUGUGCCAGGCUGGAGGCGACAGCUGCUCGACACUGACACACGGACUUGCCCCUGACACACAUCAUACCCUGUCCCCCCGCAGGCCUGUGACAUUGGCUCACAACCGAGUGGACUGGCAGCAGCUGUAUGGAUGUGAUGGAGGUGCUGGAGGAAGAUCUAACAUGCCCAAUCUGCUGUAGCCUUUUUGAUGAUGCCAGAGUCUUACCUUGCUCACACAACUUUUGCAAGAAAUGUUUGGAUGGAGUUCUGGAAGAGAACUCUCGGACUAUGCAGUGGAGACCCUCCUCUUUCAAAUGCCCCACGUGCCGUAAAGAAACCCCAACAAUGGGUGUUAAUGGCCUUCAGGUUAACUAUUUGCUUAAAGGAAUUGUAGAAAAAUACAACAAAAUUAAAGUUUCCCCAAAGAUGCCUGUCUGUAAAGUGCACAGUGAUCAGCCUCUCAAUAUUUUCUGCUCCACCGACUUAAAGCUAAUUUGCGGGACCUGUGCCACCAAUGGAGAACACAAGAAACAUGUAUUUUCCUCCAUCUGUGAUGCUUACAUUCAAGAGAAGAGCUCUGUGGAGACCUUAUUUCAAGGUGUUGAAGAGUGGAAUAGUAAAGAAGUUCACUCCAACCUGGACACCUUAGAAUCCAACAAAAAAAAGGCUCUUCAUUCACUUUCCAUGGAGUCGGACAAAGUCAAGACCUAUUUUCAGAAACUGCAGCAUCUCCUGGAACAGAAGAAAAAUGAAAUCCUCUCUGAUUUUGAGACCAUGAAGCUUGCAGUGAUGCAGGCCUACGACAUGGAGAUAAACAAGCUCCAUACAGUUCUCAGCGAGCAGCGAAAGGCUUGUAGUAUUGUUGAAGACCUUAAGGAUAUAUCAGAUCCCUUUAUGUUCCUACAGCAGAUGCAGGAAUUUAGGGAUAAGAUGACAUUUAUCAAGGAAGCCCCUCUGACAACUGGGCAAGAUGUUAAUGUCAAUCCAGCCAUGAAGGAGUUUGACACAAGCAUGUGGGACAGUAUUAAACUGGGGGAAGUGGAUAAACUAUCCCUACCUCAAGACAUAGUGAGCAAAAAAGAGCCAACAAAUGCCAAAUCCUUGCUUCGUUUUAAGCCAAUUUCCAUGGUUGUCUGUCUUAUUCUUGUGCUGAUCACUUUCCGUUGGGCAUAUCCUUUUGUUGACAGCCUUCCAACCUUCACUUUGGACCUGGAGGUGAUAUCUUCAUCCUUCUCAGCCAUGACAGCAAAAGCAGCCAACCUGGCCAACCAGUUCUGGGAGCAGCUUGCUGAAGAAUCGUUACUUUUAAAACAAAGCUGCCAGAAAUAUGUCUCAGUGUUUCUGGAGAAUGUGGCAGAACUUUGCAAAUAUAAGUUAUAAUUUAUGGAUCAUUUUUUCGAAAUACCCAUUUAAUGUGUUAAUACCUUUUAUAAGUGGGAACAUGUAAUUUUCCCAGCAGAAUACUGUAUGUAGAAAUGGAAUGGUGAUACUCGUUUGCUUCCAAACACUGGAUGAUACACGUAUGCUUCCAGGUUAGGGAUGUACCAAAUAAACUUUUUUCAGAUUGACCGAAUACCAAAUCUUUCACAAAGGAUUUGACUGAAUCUAAACUGAAUUCUUACCCUAAUUUUUGCAUAUGGAAAUUAUCAACAUGGGGGUAGCACAAGAAAAUUGUCACCUUCUGUUAUCAUGUGGUAUAAAGUUACAUGAUUUUAAGGCUUUGGAUUCAGUUAGGCGCUCAGAUUCAGCGGAUUCUGAUAAAAAAAAAGUCUCGUAUUGGGCCAAAUCCAAUCCAUGAUUCAGUGCACUUGUAACUGAUUUAGUAUAACAUAUUCACAGUGUGCUGGAACAAUAGAACAUAUAUGUUUCUAUGCACUGGAAUAGUCUUUUUGAAUUUUACAUGGAGAAUAUGCAUAAAAUAGUGUAGUCAUCAAACAUGGCACAAUCUCUAUCAUUUUAUGUACUGUCCGAUUCAGCACAAAUUUGUAAUGUAGAUUAGGCAAAUGUACAACAUCUAAGUGAAAACAGUUGUUUUAUGAAUGUUUUGUUAGUUAAAGGGGGAAAUACUGAAUGUGUACUGAACCUGUUCCUAAAUUUGGAUUCAGUCCUAAAGCCAUUAUGUUUUUAACUAAAUGAGGCCACCAUCAGUGCUUGUCGGGCUUCUUGGCUAGCUCCCUCUCUUACUCCCUUUUAAUGCAAAAAGAGAGUUUGGGAUACUGGGAGUAUGAGAUCUGACACGAUACUGUAAACAGUUGAAAAAUAUUACUGUGUAUUUAAAAUUAGGUUUGUGGUUGAAAAACAAAAUGUUUGCAUCUUUUCUCUAAAUUCUUAGGGCCUUUACACAUAGGUGUUUGUUCUGGCAUCUCCCUGUGGUUAAUCCUUCACGCGUUUCACAGAUUAAACACAGGGGGGUCAGAGACAAACACUCAUAUGUAAGGGUCCUAAAAGGAGUUAUACUGCCAGAUAUACAAUCUCUACAACAUGGAAACAUGCUGAAAGUAACACAGGAUCUUGUUUACAGAGGGCAAAGUGCAAUAAAUGUGCAAAGCUCCA